UUCUAGCAGAAGUGCGUCCGUGCAAAGCGAGCUGUGAGUCACAGCAGCAGAGCCCCUGGUUCAGUGCUGCUUUGGUUAAUCAGUAACCAGAGCAGGAGCACCGGCUGGUCGGCCAGCUGGGUUAAAAUAAGGGAGUAGAGGAGUCAGGACCUCAUUCAGGACCUCCUGCUGAAGCAGAAACACAAGAAGGAACUCUUUCCAAAGGUAACCAUGAAGAUCCAGCAACCGUUGCAUCUAGCCCUCUUCUUACUCUGCUGCUUCCUCUCAGGAAGCACCGCUAACCGAGUCUACGUCCAUCCCUUCAGUCUCUUUGCAGCUGAAAAUGUCAGCUGUGAGACCCUGCAUCCCCUGAUACCCAAGCCUCACAGGACACUUCCAGUUGCACCCCUUGAUAUUGAAGUCCUGAUGCCAGACAGCAGGGACCCACUGAGAGUGGAUGCUCAGAAGCAGAACAUCACUGAGAGGACAGCAGUUCUGGCAGGGCUGUCGAACCUUCUGGGUCUGAGGAUGUACCUGGCUCUCAGCAGAAUGCAGCAAAGCAACAACACCCUCCUCUCUCCAUUCAGCAGCUUUGGAUCCCUAAUGACUUUCUACCUGGGAGCAUCCAAGACGACUGCAAGGAUGAUCCAGUUGUUCCUGGGCCUGAGUAGUGGUACCGACCCAGAGGACUGUGUAUCCCUAGUUGACGGACACAAGGUCCUCAAGACCCUCCAGAGUAUCAACUCCCUGGUAGACGACGGGCCCAAAGAUGAAAUCACAACCCAUGUGUGGACCUUCUCUCGCCAGGACGCUGAACUUUCUGAGGACUUUGUUCAAGGCACGCAGGACUUCUCUGAUUCAUCGUUCAUCCGUGGCAUUGAUUUCUCCAAACCUCAGGAGGCAGAGCAGGCGGUGAACAGCUUUGUGGAGAAGACAUCAGGCGGAAAGGUGGCCAGCAUAUUUAAUAAUCUGAACCCCAGCAACGACCUCCUGUUUCUCACUUCCUUCAAAUUCCAAGGAAAUUGGAGGACAGCCUUCCAACCAGAGAGGACGUCCAUGCAGGAAUUUCAUGUGGAUGAAACAACCACAGUAACGGCUCCAUUUAUGACCCACACAGGCCGGUACCAUUACCUGAAUGAUAAGGUUAAUCGUUGCACAGUUGUGAAGCUCUCCCUGAGCAGGCGGUCCCACAUGCUGAUCGUCCUGCCUCAUGAGGGGUCCAACCUGCAUAACAUCGAGUCUAAGCUGCUUACUGACGUCAUGUCUGACUGGUAUGAGAGGCUUCAUGAAGGCCUCUUGGAGCUCACACUCCCAAAGUUCUCCAUGUCUUCUGUGACUGAUAUGCAUGACCUACUGACCAACAUGGAUCCAAUAAUUGAGUCUAGCUUGUUGGGAUCUCAGGCCGAGUUCAGCCGACUCAGCAACAGCAAACCCUUCACUAUAGAUAAGGUGAUCAACAAGGUCAUGUUUGAGAUGUCAGAGGAUGGAGAACCUCAGGACAGGAUCCAGGAAGAAGGAAUCCCACUGGGACUGUCCAUCAACCGGCCGUUCUUCUUUUCUGUCUUUGAGGAAAAUUCAAAUGCCAUCCUCAUGCUGGGCAAGAUCAACAACCCUACUCUUUAAACAGUACCAAAAACCUCUGACAUAGAGCUUACCAGAUUGAUUUAUAUAAUGUGCUACAUACAGUAAAACUUGAAGUUAAUCCAGGGGCCGAAAUCGAUAAUUCAGCUGAUUUUUCACUAAGAUCAUAAACUCAAAACAGGAGGCACUUCUUCUCACAAAGGAUUUACCGACAUAAACAGUGUUGUUUUUAAAUCUCUCUUCAGAAACUCAGGAGUCCUCAUGGUUCCCUGACUCAGUAUUUAUGAAACCCUUCUAUUUUAAACCGAGCCUGUUAAAUUCUUACUUUUGUUUUUCUUAAGUAAAAUGUAUUGUAGCAGAGUUCUGUACAGUAUUUUUCCAUAGAGUAGGUACAGUAACCAUGAUGAAUAAUACGUUGUAUAUUGUAACUAAGAGUUUAUUUUUGUUUUGUUACCUUUUGUGAUUACUGUAAUAAAACAUGUUUAUCCUAA